UCAGGAGGAGCAUGGUGUUUGUCUCCUCGUGUUUCUGGGCGGGGAAGUCUUGGACUACAUCCAUGUCGCUGCCCACCUCGGUCACCGCUUUUCGCGGCCAGUCUGCGGAAGAAUGGCAGUGACCCAGCACGGAUUGGGGACACAGUCAGGCAGCCCAGAAAGAGGGAGAUUAUACAAACAGAUGUAAAGACCCACUAACCACAUGUGUCAACCUGUCUACAAGGCUGGGACAGGAUAUGAGGUGCGAAGAAUCCCGUUUCAACCAAGUGGUGUAUCAAAAAAAGAUGCCAUCUCAAUAUUGGUUUAUGUUUAUUUUCCACUGACCCUAUGGGUGAAGAGAUCCUUUACCGUUACUUCACCUGGAUAUGUUACAGCUCAUCCGAUGUUAUAUCUCCAGGUUAAGAGAUAUGGAAAUCUCCAUGAGGAUUUGGAGAAGAGUCCCAUUAGUUAUUAAAAUUCUGGACUAGCUCUAUUAGGAAAGGUAGAUGGACUAUAAGGCACUUGCCCAUCAAACUGCUCAAGAAAUUUUAGGUUACAAUCAAGAUAAAUCAGGCUGGAAAGUGGUUAAAAUUUCAAAGAAGAUAACUGUUUCCAAGAAGGCUUCUAAAAAAUUCCCGGGAAAUCUAUAUCGUGUUGAAGGAAUAAUUCCAGAAUCAACAUCUAAACUAUCUGAUUUCCUCUACAAACCUGAAAACAGAGUUACAUGGGAUAAAUCGUUGAAAGUGUAUAAUAUGGUACACAAGAUUGAUUUGGACACAUUCAUAUGUCAUACUAUUACACAAAGUUUUGCCAUGGGCUCAAUUUCCCCCCGAGAGUUUAUCGACUUAGUGUACUUCAAGCGCUGUGAAGGGAAUAUGGACAUUAUCGGUUCCAAUAGUGUGGAUUUUCCAGCAUAUCCUCCAUCUUCAAAUUACAUCCGUGGUUAUAACCAUGCUUGUGGCUAUAUAUGUUCACCUCUGCAAGAGAACCCAGCACAUUCCAAACUAGUGAUGUUUAUCCAGACAGAAAUGAGAGGAAAAUUGUCCCCAUCAAUAAUUGAAGCAACCAUGCCUUCCAACUUAGUGAGCUUCAUCCUCAAUGCAAAAGAUGGAAUAAAGACACACAAAACUCCAUCAGGAUGUGGACGUCAUCAUAAUGGGCAUUCAUCAUUCCUAAGGAAGAAAUGAGGCCAUUUACAAUGAGGCCAUAUAAAGUCAUGUGUGGCAGUUUACUUUUAAGUCAAUACGCAUAAACACUGUUGAACUAUUCUAGACGGUAUUCUUGUACAAAUUACUGAAGGUACUUUGUGAAAAUGAGAACUUGUAAAAGAAAACUGCAUUAAAUAUAGUUUUUAAUCUCAUAUAAGAAUG